AUGGCCUCCCCACCGGGCCCCGCCCGCCUCGCCGCCCUGCUGCUCCUUGCGCUCCUCGCCGGGCCCGCCGCGUCCCGCUUCGCCCCGGCGGACAACCACCUCAUCGCCUGCGGCGCGACGGCCCCGGCCGUCCUCCCCGACGGCCGCCGCUUCGUCCCGGACUCCGGCUGCGCCUCCAUGACCCUCCGCUCCGCGGCGCCCGCUCUCCCGUCCGCCGCCCCCGGCGCGCCCGCGCCCGCGCCGCCCUCCCCUCUCCACGCCGCCGCGCGCGUCUUCUCCUGCCACGCCUCCUACGACCUCGCCGUGCGCCGCCGCGGGCGCCACGUCCUGCGCCUCCACUUCUACCCCUUCAGCCCCGCCCUCGCCUCCGCGUGCUUCCACGUCGGCGCCGGGGGCUUCCUCCUCCUCCACAACUUCACCGCCCCGUCCCCCGUCGUCAAGGACUUCCUGCUCCCCGUCGACGCCGACGUCCUCGUCCUCACCUUCGUCCCCGAGGCCGGAUCCGCCGCCUUCGUCAACGCCAUCGAGCUCUUCUCGGCGCCCGACGAGCUCGUCGGCGACAUCGGCACCCUCGUCGCCGCUGCCGGCGUCAACCGCACCGACGGGCUAUCCUCGCAGGUCUUCGAGACGCUCUACCGGAUCAACGUCGCCGGCCGCAAGGUCACCCCGUUCAACGACACGCUGUGGCGGACAUGGGUCAACGACGAGGGCUUCCUCGUCAGCAAGGAAUCGUCCAGCAGCAAGGCAUGGUCAUUCGGUGGCCGGAUUGCUUACCCCAAGGACAGCAGGUUGAUGACCCGGGAGGUGGCUCCGGACAACGUCUACAACUCGGCGAGGUCGGUGAGGUCCGACGGCAAUUUGACAUGGGAUUUCCCUGUGCCCGCUCGCAACCGGUACCUUGUGCGCAUGCACUUCUGUGAUAUUGUGAGCAAGGCAUUGUAUCAGCUCUACUUCAGUAUCUAUGUCAAUGGUCAUCUCGCAGCGAAGGAUUUUGACAUUUCCAGCACCACUGGAUACUUGGCCUAUCCGUAUUACAUCGACUAUGUUGUGGACGUUGACGAUGAAGGGAUGCUGAAACUGGCCAUCGGUGGCUCGAAGAUGAGCCGACCUGGAGAGGCGAGCGGUUUCCUGAAUGGGCUGGAGAUAAUGAGGAUGAACAAAACGGGUGGCGGCAUGGACGUGGAUUUCCCUGCUGUUCUGGACAUGGGGUACCUGGUCAGUAAGGGGUUUGGGGAAUUCGCUCGCUCACUGCUGUGUGGUUUAGUCUUCGCCGGGCUGUUUUUGGUUUUUGUCAUGCUGGUGCUGAGGUUGAGGACUGAGCUGAAAAAUAAUGGCACGCUUUGGUUCAGCCAGUCAAUGGAUUCUGGUGACGGGAAGUUGGCUAAAGCAUAUCAGCUUGUGCCCACCAAGACAGACUAUUAA